AGAAAAGAAGGGAGGCUUUUCCAAAUCCUUUACGAGAAAGCUCGUGCCGUUUUCCCAUGCUGUCCAUACUCCCUUUAAUAAUGCGAUUGUGACCUGAGUGGAAUUUAUAAGCGAUGAACUAUUGAAGCUUGUUGCACCACUGCAUCGGACUGCGUUUUUUUUUUUUUUCUCAGCACAUGAUUCCCCCAUCCCAGCUAUUGCAGGACCUGCGGGCCAGUAGUAGAGGGAUGGGAAGCUGAGACAGUUUAUUUUCACAUUCUUCUGUUCUGGGGACUUGGCUAGUGAGCUGAAGCUGCUGCUGCUUUUUACUGGAUCUGCUGUUUUCUCAGUGGGUUUACUUGUUUUUAUGUGUGCGGGGUGUUUCAAUUAAAUAGACAUUGGACUAGAGCUGAAUGGAUGCUUUGCAAUCCAAAAGGUUUUUGGGGUUAACAAAAAACUACUAAAAACAGAGAAGAACUGGUACUGCAGGAAGCCUGGGGCCUGUUUUCCAAGCCUUCUUAUUUUAUUGAGCAAGAUGAUGUGUGAGGUGAUGCCAACCAUCAGUGAGGCAGAGAUUCCCUCUGGGGGAAAUGGAGGCCAUGGUUCAGGUUCCCCGUUACAGUCAGAUGCUGAUUCCCAUUUUGAGCAAUUAAUGGUAUCCAUGUUGGAAGAAAGGGAUCGCCUUCUGGAAACACUAAGAGAAACUCAGGAGACCUUAGCAUUGACCCAGGGCAAGCUGCAUGAAGUUGGUCAUGAGAGGGAUUCCUUGCAGAGACAGCUCAAUACUGCACUUCCACAGGAAUUUGCAGCGCUUACGAAAGAGCUAAAUGUAUGCAGGGAGCAGCUGCUUGAAAGGGAAGAAGAAAUUGCUGAACUAAAAGCAGAAAGAAAUAAUACAAGGCUGUUACUGGAACAUUUGGAGUGUCUUGUCUCCAGGCAUGAGCGAUCUCUCAGAAUGACUGUUGUAAAGAGACAAGCUCAGUCUCCAGCAGGAGUUUCCAGUGAAGUAGAAGUUCUCAAAGCACUAAAAUCUUUAUUUGAACACCAUAAAGCCCUUGACGAAAAGGUAAGGGAGAGGUUACGAGUAGCACUUGAAAGAUGUAGCUUAUUGGAAGAAGAACUAGGUACUACCCAUAAAGAGUUAAUGAUUCUAAAAGAGCAAAAUAAUCAGAAGAAAACACUUCCAGAUGGGAUGCUGGAUAUAAAUCACGAGCAAGAAAAUACACCAACUACAAAUGGGAAGCGAUCCUCUGAUGGUUCUUUAUGCCAUGAUGAAAACCUUGCUAAAGUGAUUGAACUCCAAGACAUCAUAGAUAAACAAAACAAAGAGCAGACGCAAAUGAAAGAACGUCUUACAGCUUUGUCUAGCAGAGUAACUGAGCUGGAAGAAGAUCUUGACACAGCUAGAAAAGACUUAAUAAAAUCUGAAGAAAUGAAUACAAAGUUACAGAGAGAUGUACGAGAGACUAUAGCCCAAAAGGAAGACAUGGAAGAGAGAAUUACAACUCUUGAGAAACGCUACCUCGCUGCACAACGUGAAGCUACAUCUGUGCAUGACCUCAAUGAUAAACUUGAAAAUGAAAUUGCCACUAAAGACUCCAUGCAUCGACAGAGCGAAGACAAGAAUAGGCAAUUGCAAGAACGACUGGAACUAGCUGAGCAAAAGCUGCAGCAGACUUUGAGGAAAGCUGAAACUUUGCCGGAGGUGGAAGCUGAGCUGGCACAGAGAGUUGCAGCACUUUCGAAGUCUGACCUUUUGUCUCCUGGGAACUCUGCUGCUAAAGAUGCUAAAGUAUUGGAACUUACCACCAAGCUUAGGAAGGCUGAGGAGAGACAUGGCAAUAUAGAGGAGCGACUGAGACAGAUGGAAGCACAGCUAGAAGAAAAGAAUCAAGAACUACAAAGGGCUAGACAGAGAGAGAAGAUGAACGAAGAGCAUAAUAAACGUUUGUCAGAAACUGUUGAUAAGCUGCUGUCUGAAUCUAAUGAAAGGCUCCAGCUUCAUCUCAAGGAAAGGAUGGCCGCCUUGGAAGAUAAGAAUUCACUUCUUCGAGAAAUUGAAAAUUCAAAAAAACAAAUAGAGGAACUUCAGCAUGAAAAGGAUCAGCUUGUAUUAAAUGUUGAAGCAUUAAGAGCUGAAAAUGACCAAGUGAGACUCAGAGCUACAUCACUUCACCAUAGGUACCGGCACUUAAUUGGAUAAAAUGUUUUGUUGUGUUCUAGCCGACCAGAUUUCAGAUACCCUUCGUCUGUGGCUGACACUCAUACAGACUCCUAUGGCACCUCAUCAGUGUUAAGGCGUCCCCAGAAAGGACGUUUGGCAGCUCUCAGAGAUGAACCCUCAAAGGUUCAAACUCUGAAUGAGCAGGACUGGGAGCGAGCCCAGCAAGCAAGUGUACUGGCAAAUGUGGCACAAGCAUUUGAAAGUGAUGUCGAUGUGUCUGAUGUUGAGGAUGAUAGGGAGACUAUAUUCAGUUCAGUUGAUCUGCUGUCACCAAGCGGUCAGGCUGAUGCUCAGACUUUGGCCAUGAUGCUUCAAGAACAGUUGGAUGCAAUCAACAAAGAGAUUAGACUUAUACAAGAAGAAAAGGAAAACACAGAGCAACGCGCAGAGGAGAUUGAAAGCAGAGUGGGUAGUGGAAAUUUGGAUGCCCAUGGCCGAUUCCGGUCCAUGAGCUCCAUUCCUCCUCCCUAUGCAAGUGGCUCACUUGCUGGUUCUUCCCCGCCUGGCAGUGGCCGCUCCACCCCAAGGCGGAUUCCACAUAGUCCAGCUCGGGAAGUGGACAGACUGGGUAUCAUGACACUGCCUAGUGAUUUAAGGAAACACCGUAGAAAGUCCCCAGCUUCUAGAGAAGAGGUACGAGAUGAUAAAACCACCAUAAAAUGUGAGACGUCACCACCUUCUUCACCUCGAUCUUUGCGUUUGGACAGAGUCCAAAAAGGAGCUUUGCAUACAGUGAGCCAUGAAGAUAUCAGGGACAUAAGAAAUUCAACAGGCUCGCAAGAUGGGCAAACAAGCAAUCCUAGUAGCAGUAAUAGUAGCCAAGAUUCACUUCAUAAAGCCCCCAAAAAGAAGGGGAUCAAAUCCUCUAUUGGCCGCUUGUUUGGCAAGAAAGAAAAGGGACGACCUGGACAAACAAGCAAGGAAUCAUUAGGACAAGUUGGCAUGGCAGAAGCAGAUGGUUCCUCUCAGGAUGCAUUAGGUCUCAGCAAGCUUGGAGGUCAGGCAGAAAAAAACAGGAAAAUGCAGAAAAAGCAUGAGCUGCUAGAGGAAGCCAGAAGACAAGGUUUGCCUUUUGCACAGUGGGACGGGCCCACUGUGGUCGUGUGGCUGGAGCUGUGGGUUGGGAUGCCAGCCUGGUAUGUGGCUGCUUGCCGAGCCAAUGUGAAAAGCGGUGCUAUCAUGUCAGCCUUGUCUGAUACAGAAAUACAGCGUGAAAUUGGAAUUAGUAAUCCUCUGCACAGACUGAAGCUGAGGCUGGCCAUUCAAGAAAUCAUGUCGCUAACAAGUCCAUCUGCGCCUCCCACCUCAAGGACGACCACGGGAAAUGUCUGGGUAACACAUGAAGAAAUGGAAAAUCUUACAGCCACACAGCAAACGGAAGAUGAGGAGGGAAGCUGGGCUCAGACGUUAGCAUAUGGUGAUAUGAACCAUGAGUGGAUUGGCAAUGAAUGGCUCCCUAGUUUGGGGCUCCCUCAGUAUCGCAGCUAUUUCAUGGAAUGUCUCGUUGAUGCUCGAAUGCUGGAUCAUUUAACUAAAAAAGAUCUGCGUGGGCAACUUAAAAUGGUGGACAGCUUUCACAGAAACAGUUUUCAGUGUGGAAUUAUGUGCCUACGAAGACUGAAUUAUGAUCGAAAAGAACUUGAAAGAAAAAGAGAAGAAAGCCAGAAUGAAAUUAAGGAUGUCCUUGUCUGGAGCAACGAAAGAAUGAUGCAUUGGGUAGUGUCCAUUGGUCUUAAAGAAUACGCGAAUAAUCUUAUAGAGAGCGGAGUUCAUGGUGCACUUGUGGCCUUAGAUGAAUCAUUUGAUUACAAUGCAUUAGCUCUCUUGUUACAAAUACCCACUCAAAACACACAGGCUCGUGCUGUUCUGGAGAGGGAAUUUAAUAACCUUCUUGCUAUGGGCACUGACAGAAGACUUGAAGAAGACGACGAUAAGAGCUUUAGGAGAGCACCUUCAUGGAGAAAGAAGUUUAGACCAAAGGACAUUAGAGGUUUAGCUGCUGGGUCAGCAGAGACUCUUCCUGCAAAUUUCAGAGUUACAACCUCAAUGUCUUCACCCUCUAUGCAGCCAAAGAAGAUGCAGAUUGAUGGCAGUGUAUCAGGAACACAAAGAUUGGAUUCUGCUACAGUAAGGACCUACUCCUGUUAAAGCCUUCUCCUGUUUACCCACACUAUUUCUACCGGUGAUAUGCAGCAUUUUCAACAUUUGGAACCCUUAACCUGUUAAUACUUGUUAAAUGGACACUUUGAGAUAUUUUAUUACAGAGUUUUUAAUUAGCAAAUAAAUUCAUGAGUACUAUAGAGAAAAUAUUUUAGAAUCUAAAUGUUUCUUAUAUUUAUGUGACUUCUCAUUUAUAUAGUUACUUACUUUUUCUGUUUCUAUUCAGUCUACAAAUCAACAUUGCUGAUUUUUUAUUCUAAUUUUAGUCUUUCCAACUGAAUGUACUGUAAUGCUUGUAUGUAUAUGUCCCUAUAAGUAAUAUAGGGUUUUUGUAAAUUAUGCAGUUACUGUAAUUAUCAUUGUUUUUUAAUAAUGAAACUGAAGGUGAAAAGGAUUUUAAUACCUUUGUAAAAGUAUCAUGACACCAAGCAGUAUAUAUUUUGUCUUUUGGAAAUGUUAGCUUAGAUCUGAAAACAAGUCCAGCUUUUUUUCAGGUAAGCGAUAUGUUGUUGUAGAAGGUAUGGUACAUGCUUGUUCUUCUUUUCAGAACUGUACCUUUCCACUAAGAGGAUUUGUCGAGUAGUGGGAAUUUGUCUUUAUUUAAAAUUAUAACUUGUUUUAAAAGCUGGGAAGACCUAGUAACACUACGGAACACGUUUUAGAAGUGAUUGACUCGGUCAUAACACUCUGCUGUAUUUGUAUAGCAUAUCUUCACAGUGACUGAAAACAAGCCAUAAACCAAGAACUGUUUUGUUUUUUUGGGUUUUUUUUCCUUAACUGAGGAAGAUAGACUUCGUAAUAAUUCCUGGUCGUAAUCCACAGACCACAGAGUUUUUGUUCUAGAUCUUUUUGAUUGAAAACACUUGCGGAGAGAUGCUGGUGAAACUAGUUUCAAUGGACCAAUCAUGAAGCACUGCCGUCUCAUGUCAAAUGAGUAGUGAAAGAUGAAGGUACAGUGGGCUGAAAACUAAAGCAGUGCAACUUCUAAUAAAGGCCUUACUUUUCUUACGUAAGUCAUCUUUUGUGUUUUGUAAACUUGUUCUAAAGAGUUGUCUGGACUUUAAUUUUGAUGGUUGUAGGCAUUUUGGACUGUAUGAGUAGAAAAUGUAUCCAACACUUGUAAAUGGCAUAUUAAAAAGCCAGCAAGAAUCUGUUCAGAUGGUGCAUUAUUUAUUAUGCAACAAUAUAUAUAGCAUGUCUUUUUUCUUAUUUUGUUUUCCACUUUUAACUUGCUUGUAAAACUGAAAUUCAUUGUUACUGCUCUGUUUUUCUAUUAAUCUUUUGUGUAUUUUCAGAUUAUGUAACAAUAUGUACAGUCUACUUUGGAACUAUUUUUAUCACAGUAUUAUUUAUUGCUUUCUUUCAAUAAAGUACUGAUGCAUUUUCCACUGCCAAUAAAACACUAUUGAAAAGCUAAGAUCUAAUUGUAUGCAGGCAAAUACUUUUGCGGUGAGUGGAUAUUGUCAAUAAAGCAUCUUAAUGAUUGUUUGCUGCCCUGUAGAUCUUGUUUCAAAUGACGACUUUUCUGCAGUAGAAACAUGUUCCGUUAGAUGUGACAUUUUCUUUGGAAUUGCUCAAGUUCACAUGCGUUAAUCAGUUUUUGAAAACCAGUUUUCUGAAGAAAACUGCUUUAUUGCCUACUUCUACUAGUAGUUAGAGCUAUGAUUUACUUUUUAAAAUAGUAACAAGAACUAUCACACAACUUCAGUGUAUUCUGGUCCACGUGAUGAAGACUGAAGUGCUGUUCUAUAUAGCAGCAACAGUUGCUUUGUUAAUAAAAUGAGAUUAUGACCACAGUGAUAUUUGGGGAG